GGCGCGAGAGUGGACAAGCAGAGGGAGACACGCGACAGGGAUGAGAGGGUGCUGCGACGCGACUAGACUGCUCUUCAUCCUGUCGCAUCUGCUCGUCAUCGUCUUGACGCAGCCGUAAGUUGUAUUCUGAUUCAUUCAUACCCAUUCUCACGCUUCUUCAUUCCUAUCUGAGGCCCGUGGAUCGUGAGGCUGCUGGGCUGGCAAUGCAGGCGCGGCAUGGCCGGGGAGACCAUGAACCUCGCGUCACGCUCCACUCGGACUCCCCACGGAAGCGGCCACGCGGAAGGGGGGAAGCUGCGAUGCGGGACGGCUUGCAUGCUGAGGGACGGCGUCGCCGCAACAGCAUCCCUGCCUGAGAGAAGAGCGAGCCCCGUCACAGCUGCGGCACCACGAUGUCAGCCUCCUCAUCUCUUCAAGCGGCCAUCGAGUCUAUCUCGAGCGAGCGCGUCUCCGACCGCACGGCCGGGCUAGCAGCAUACAGCGACAUUUUCAGCCGCAACAGAGUCCUUCGCGAUCUCCGAGGCAAGGACAAGGUCUGGAUUUCCGUCUUUCAAGCGCACUUCCAAUGUGUUGUCCUCGAGAAAGAGGCCUGCUUCAAGAAGGGCGGCCUAGCCUCCGCUACCGCCGUCUCCGUCAAUCGACUCAAAGCUGCCGCAGCCUCGUUACGCUGGCUGGUUGCAAGAAGCGUGCAAUGCUUUCAGCGUCAGACUGCCAAGCCGCUGUUGAACCAUCUCGUGCAGAUGCUGUCCGCGGGCAAGGAGCUGCUCAGUCCUAUUGCCCUCGAUUACCUUCGAGCUCUUCACGUGCUUCUGUCUCAUCGCGGGCAUCGUAACAGCGUCGAUGUCCAUCAGUGGAGCGCCAUUGCAUCACUUUGCUUCAAUGCUGUCCUCACUCGACCCCUCAACGCCGACCUGCCUCUCGUGGACUUCAGAUCAGUAGCCGCGCCUACCUGCCCCUCAAAGCGCGCUCUCGGCCUCGAGGACAUCGAAGUGAUGAGCUGCCUAGAAGAGCUCAUGGCGUCGCCGAUUGCGCCUCUCAACGAUCAGCGCGACAAGAUGGGUUUGCGCCUCCUGGCCGCCUACGGCUGCUUCCUCCAGAGCUUCCCAACGGAGUCAACCGCACAUCUCCCUGCCCUUGCUGGACUGAACGAGCUGUUGCGGGAGAUUGAAUUCAAUCAAUCGCAAGCCAUGCGCAGCUUCGCCUUCAGCCAUUGGGAGCCACUCUGUCAGCUGUGGGACAGCAAGAACAAGACGGUCAAGGAGCAGCUCGUCGUGGCGUUUCGUAUCCUACUGCCCUACCUCGCAUCCCAGGAUGACGAGCCGGUAAGAGGACACCUCGCCCAGCUGCUGAAGCGGCUUGAUGGAGAUGGCGAGAAUCGAUUCAGCUUGGGCCCCCUCAACCCGCAGCAGCUCUCUCUGCGUCUCGAGCCGCAGGCAUCGUCGCCAUUCCGCACCCCCUUCUUCUCAGCUGGCCGAACCUUCUCGGCAGAUUCGGCCGUGUCAUGGGCUGCGCUUGAGCUCUGCGCAGAUGUCACUGCGACACUGAUCGAACGACAAGGAGUAGAGCUCGUAGAAUCAUCUCGUACGGAGGAUGUCCCCGUGGACGACGACGAGCCGACAGCGAGGUCCGGUACAAGGAAGCGUGCCCCACCGCGCGCUAGAGCAGCCUCUCGCCCUCUAUCGAAGACGACACAAUCACCUCUUGGCACUCGCGACAAUACAGCAAGCCCGUCCAAACGUCUACGCCUCGACGAGUCUGCACGGACUGACCCGCUCACUCGCCUCAUUGACAGUCUAGCUCAAGCGCCCGGAGCCACACUCGCCAAGGCGCGCUCGAAUCGUCUAUGGCGCCUCCAGAUGACCUGCUUCCUCAUCGGCCGCCACUACACCACCGCUCUGGACGCUGAGCAGCAGCAGCGCUUGGCCACGCGCAUCAUCGACCUGCUUAGCGAUGGGGAUCACGAGCUGCAGGGCUGGGCUUUCAUAUGCCUCGCCUCCCUCCUCUCGCAACCCACCAACCUAAUCGCCGCAGCAAUCCCGAGCCUAGAAAGCACUUGGACCCUCUGCUGCCGCCGCAUUCAAGUCGCGGCCGUAUCCCGUCAAGCAGCCCUUGCCGCACACGCGCUCUUGCAAAGCAACUUACUAGACAAGCAUCGCUACCUUCACGACCUGAAGACGCUGUUCUCCGAUCUCGACUUGGCCGCUCCACCAUUCCCAUUUGACUCUGUCUGCGACCUUUUUGCUAGUGCGCUCGACCUCUGUGCGACAGAUGUGGCGAUGGCAAAGUCGCCUUGUCGCAAUCAGGUGGCAGCAUGGCUGGCUUCAGUUUGGGCUCCGGCUGCGGGCAUUGAGAGGGGAUUUCGUGCCAGGGAAAGGAUAGAGGAGCACGACUCGAGCGGUUUGAACGCCUUGCUGAGCCGAAUUUGCCAGCUGCGGCCCGUCGCUACUCAGCAGCCCGUUAUGCUGCUGCCAGGCAACGCCGUAGUCGAGCAGAUGGGUUACGAGGAUGAGACGAGAGACUUGCGGAACUUCUUGCUUACGGCCGCGUUGAGCUACGAAGCCAAACAGGAUGGAAAGGAGGCAACGAGAGAGCAAAGUGAGGUGCAAGACAAGAAUGACACGCCCUUACGACCGCUACAAGGCACUGAGCAGCGCAUUACAAGUCUGCUCAAGCGAGCCAUCGACGUUCUCAGCGAGCAAUGGCGGCCGAGCAGCAGUCCGUCAGAGGAGGGCCCUUCACUUAUGGAGUCAGCCUCAGUGGAUCAGGCACGCCGCACGCUAGACGUGAUCGCUACGACUCUUCUCUUCCAAGCCACUCUCACUCUCGGCCUCGUCGAAGCGAACAUGAUGCUCACCGCAGCCGCACACUCGCUCCUUCGCACCAUCAUGACCGCCGUCUCGGAGCGUAGUCGAUGGUCCGUCUCUUCGCGCUCUACCCUUCUGGUUGCCAUCGCCCCUCUCGUUGGUCCGCAAGUCCGGGUCAGCAAUGAUGUCUCCUCCCUACUCAAGGCGCUCGUCAAACCCGGUCCGUGCUCUGGUGUGCGGCAAGACACACUCUCAUUGCAGUCUGUAUCAGAAGACCGAUGCACCACGUCCAGUGACCCUGUCCUUCAUACUAUCUGGACGUCAGCCCCUCGCGAUGCGCAGAAGGCUUUUCUCAAAGCCCUACAGCGCUGCCUGCACACGAUCUGCGACAUGCCAGGCGGUGAAGAGGAGGCGACACAGCAAGGCGACGACGACGACGAAUGGGGACAGGCGCGCCAGGCCACAAGCGAGUCAGACGAGAUCAUGAAGCCGGCGAAAGACUACGGUAGUGAACGAUUUGCCCUGACGGCUUCAAUCGCUCUCUGCGUCAAUGGCUUGGUCGAGGUGGCUCGCAUCACCGAAUCAGCCGCGAGAGCCAACCCACUCAUGGACGAUGUGCUGCUCGACGGGCCCAUCGUUGCUUUUGAUCGAGCGGCACCAGCCGUCUUUGCUGCCUACUCGCGCGAACGUUUGAUCCUCGAUGACGAGGUCUUGGCAUCAAUUAUCGACCGGCUGGGCAACGAGUACCUCAACGACUACGAAUUCAAAUUCGACGAAGAUGCGCUCAUGAAUGUCAUCAAUUUCUGCGAGGCGUCAAUGGCGGUGUGGCUGCCUGGCGCAACACCGUCGAGCAGCAAGUCGACGGGCGGACAGCUUUCAAUGGGCGCCAAUCAGUUCAACGAGUACUUUGCGCGCUCCCUCUUCAAAGGCAAACCGAUGUCGUGGCGAGCGAGAGUCAGAGCGGCAGCCUACCUCGAGGUGCUGCUACGAUCCACCUCCACACGUGACUGGACCGACAACGGCGAUGACGACGUGCUGUGCUCCACUUCUCUGCUCCUCAUCAUCUACGGUCUCAUGCAAGAAGGCGAUAUCCGCGUACGUUUCGCUGCGGCCACCAUGAUCGCUCGUCUCUUCGACUGCGUACCCACCGAUUCGGAGAGUGACCUUUAUGACAAGAAGUUGCUGCAGAUUUUGACGUCGGACUGGGACGACUUCGAGGGGACGCUCACGCGCUUGUUGACUCUGUCAAACGUCAUGAUCAGAAGCUCUCCGCUGCGAGCAGCCGCGCUGUUCAACAUCAUUGAGCCCUUUGGCGGACGAGAGCGGGGACGGCCGUACCUCCCUCACGCAAAGGCCCUCUUCGCAGCCGUGUCCGACAAUUUGGGCUUCUCGGCGCCGACAGAUCUCUUCCGCGUCUUUGCAGCGCAGAUCGCUUUCGGCCUCGACAGCAUGGACAGCGAUCCGACUCGCCUCCCGUGGUCUGUACUUGGCUAUGACUCGGCCUUCCACUGCCUGCAGUACAACUUCAUGGGAAUUGGAUCGAUGAUGGCGGCCAUUGCGGUGGAUAAGCCCGAGGUGCUCCCGCGAUUUGGCGACCUUGCGCGAUCCUUUGGUAAGACGAUGAAGGAAGCGGUGGCGGAGUGCCUGCCCGUCGUUGCGGCAAUCCAGCUCGUGAUCGAAGUCUCGCUAGCUGAGCAGUCCAGCCGGCGAAUAGACCAGCUGUUGGACUCGGCGCCCAUUCUCAGCGAGCUACAGCAGCGCCUUACAUCGGGCGUCACUACGGUCAAAGCUCUGGAGACUACCUUCGCACUUUCACUCGACCGCGUCAUCGUCGAGACGCUGUCGCAAUUUGCGGAGGAAGACCUCGGCAGCGACUGCGUAUACCACGCUCAGCUACAGCGUGCCGACCCUCGCGUAGCGCAGGAGCUGACUGCGCUCUCAAAUGGCGUUGAAGUGAACUCAAAGUCGCACGCCCACGUCCCUCACCGUCCUAUCGCAAGCGGCUUUCAAGUCUACCAAACCAUUGCCAUUGCGACUGCCGAGCUAGACCCCCAUUCCGAGCGCUCGCUGGCCUACCAUGUUAUCCACCAGAUGCUCAGCCUCAUCUGGCGUGAGCGACUGGUCAAUGAUCAGCUUCGGCACCUCCAUGCGCUGCGUCUGUUCAUAGCAAUGAAGAGGGAGGGGGUCGCUUCGAGCCUCGUGCUGCUUCGUGCACUUCUUCACGGUUGCAGCUUGCUGAUGGGCCAGCCAGAUCUUCUCGCGUUGUCGUCCGGCAUCGCUGCAUGGUGCAUUCAACGGUGCAUCGAAAUCGACAAGUCGCCGCCACAGCUCUCUUCGAUUCUCAUCGCAAUGGCAGAGGGGGCCCGUGACGAGGCAACCUUUGAGUGGCUGGCAAGCCGCGUUCUCUUGCCGCUCGUAGAGGCAGAAGGGACUCGCAAACACGCUUUUGUGGCAAUUUGUGCCUACCCUCGCCGGCUGCCUGUCCCUCUCGUAUCGUCGUUGACACGACUCGACCUCCAUCUCAAUCUCGCAGCAUUGACAGAGGUGCUCGUUCGCCACUCCAAGGUCUCCCUCAAUCUUCACCUCCUCAUUCGAUUCAGGGAUGCGCUCCGAGAGGCACAACAGUCGGACGUUUUUGCUCGUUCUACGAUCUGGCAUCUCUUUGACCGUCUAAAUAGGCAACCCUCAGCCGAGUCAGCGUACAUUCUAGGUGACAUCCUCUCUGCGCUCCACGACAAGAUCCAGACUCCAUCCGCCGAGCAAUACCAGGCUUCAGAGGAGACCCUGGGAAACCCCAAUGCCAAUCUUACGCCGCUCGUUCUCGCACUCAGUCGAGCAGAGAAGCCGUACGAGCCCAUCAAGAUCUUCAUCGCCCUCAAACUUCUCGAGCUACAGCGAGGAGUAGAUCUGCAUCUUGCUGAGCGAGCCUUCCACAGCCUGCGCGCCAUUCUCACCCAGGAGGCAGAUUUGCACAUGUCCACGGGCAAAUGGCCGGACCUCAUGACUGAGGAGCUCGCGCUGUUGAGCCAUUACUCGACGGCGCCGGCUGCUCGACAGUCCAGCCACGUCGACUGCUCACUGAGAAAAGUCGACGCUCGCAAAUUCGACGAUUGGAUACGCUCGAUCGCCACAUCUCUAUGUGACCGGUUGUCCUCCAUCGUAACUGAGUCAUUCUUCGCUCAGAUGCGCGAGCUUGUGGCUGCGGUAGCGUCUUUUGCCAGCAACGUCUUCAUUCCUUUGCUGCACGCCUACCUCUACCUCACUCACGAUUCUGGGGACAUGGCGAGGGAAACUGCAUCUCUUGCAGACCACCUAGGCCGGAUCUUGAAGGACGACGACAGCGACCGCCAAUCCUGGGCCACCAUAAUCAACGCUCUUAUCUACCUGCGCAAGCAGGAAUUGCCGGUCAACGCCGGUAGGUCGUCAGAUCACUGGCUUCCUGUCGAUUAUCUCCUCCUCGCCAGACGCGCCAUCGACUGCCAGCUUUACUCGACGGCGCUGCUCUGGAUCGAGCUUGAGCGCGAGCACCAAUCCGAGACGUGGGCACAAGCAGCAAAGCAGGAACAGGUUUCCCAGCUCCUCUACUCUGUGUACAGCAACAUCGAAGACCCCGAUAGCUUCUACGGUGUGCAUCACAAGGACCUACGUGGGUCACUCGUGCGCCGCUUGCACCAUGAAGAGGAGUGGCGGCGAGCUUUUGAGCUUCACGCAGCAGAUUACGAGUGCGGCGGUAGUGCAGGCAGCGAAGCUGCUAUUGCCCAGUCGCUGCAUCAGAUGGGCUUCAACAAGCUGGCGAGCUCGAUGGACGCUGUGUACGCGGACUACGAGGUUGCUUGGAGGACGGAGGAUUGGAGUCUGCCUACCGAUCGAGACCCUCAGCCUGGCAACGGAGUCAAUGUCUUUGCUGCUCUGCGAGCCCUGCACCAAGAGCAGGACGACACGGUCAUUGGGCGCACUAUAUCUCAGGCUCUCGCAUCAGAGGCAAGGGCGCUCUCUGGCGCUGGGGUCGAGGCGGUUAGCCAGAUACGACGAGUCUGCCGCGACCUCAUGAGCCUGAGUGAGGCGUGGCGAUGGAAUCACAGCAACACUAGCGGCGAGCAAAACUUUUCGGCUGAUUUACGCCUCGAUUUUGACGACUUUGAGCGCAUCACGACCGUCCGCCAGUCUCUACUCCGCUCACAGCGCUACCGUAUCCAAGCCAGUCAGAUCGGUGACCUACUUGAGCCAGCAACAGAAGAGGCGCUCAAGAGCGAGAGUCGCCUGCUCCUCAAUCUAUGCCGCGCAGCUCGCAAGCAGGAUCGCCAGCAGGCUGCCAUGAAUGCCGUGACUCGAGCUCAGAAGCUCUGUAAGCACCUGGCCCCAUCGGCUCGACCAGCCGACCUCACUCCAGAGUUCGCCAGUGUGUUGUGGAACCAAGGCGAAGAGGUGAUUGCAAUUCAAGCCCUGAGUGAGGAAAUUGAAGCCUUGCCACAGUCGGCAACUUCACGCGACGACCGCCUUCACAAGGCCAAGCUGCUGGCCGAGCUGGGCCACUGGCGAGCUACCGCCCGAUCUCAACAGCCUCGCGAAAUCGACGAUCAUCUCUUUCGCCCAGCACACGCAUUGGUGAAAGAGGACGAGACGAGCGCAGAGUGUGCUGCCGUCUGCAACCAGUACGCCGUCUUCGCGGAUGAUCAGUACCGAGCUCUACGCAACGCGGCAGAGGUUCAACAGCUGGAAGCGUUUGUCAGCCAUCGCCAGGAAGAGCUACGCCAGAACAAGGCCGAGAUGUCUCGCGUGGACAGGAAGAGUGAAGCCUACAAGAACCUUCACUCGUACCGCAGUCAAGCAGAGAAGAUUUUGCGCCAGGACGAGGCGCUACUGAGUCAGCACAUCACCAGCCGCGAGUUCUUCCUGCUGCAGGCGUUCAAGAUGUACGCAAGCGCUAUGCGCUACGCUAGCGAGUACGAUGGCAGCAUUGUGCGACUGACGUCCCUAUGGUUUGAGAACGCCGGCGAUGAAAAGUUCAAUGGCGAAAUCCGACAAGCGCUCAGUGGGAUGCCGCCUCACAAAUUUCUCCCGCUUACUCACCAGCUCUCCUCCAGAUUGGGAUCCGACCCUCGCUCGUUUUCGACCAAUGUCUCCAUCGUCAUGAAGAGGAUGUGCCAGGCGCAUCCCUUCCACUCACUCUACGCCAUCUACGCCUUGAGGAAGGCUGACCAGGACUCAAGCCCGCAGCCAAGCACAGCGGCAAAGAAGAAGGCUUCCGCGGGCACCAAGAAUGGCAAUCCCAGCGAUAACGCUUCGCCUGCUUCGCAGCGUGCGGCUGCGGCCCACGACCUCUGGCACACGGUGAAAGCUUCCUCUCCCCACAAGGCCCGCGUCGUUGCCUUCGAAAACGCCUGCGAUGCCUACGUGGAGUGGGCUGAGCUGAAUCUGCGUCGCUCCGUGCCGAACCUUUUCCAUGGCAAUGCGAUCAAGUCUGGCUCUUUCGCGUUCCCUUCUCAAGAGAAUCUGCCCCUCAAGAUCAAGCAGCUGCCCUCCUACACAGUUCCUGUGGCCACGGCCGACCUGCCCGUCGAUCCAUCGGGCGCGUACCGCAAUAUGGUCACAAUAGAGCGAUACAGCGACCUCUUCACCACAGCAGGGGGAAUUCAUCUGCCCAAAAUCACCGAUUGCAUCGGCUCGAAUGGAGAGCGCUACAAGCAGCUCUUCAAGAGCGACGAUGAUCUUCGGCAAGACGCGGUCAUGCAACAAGUAUUCAGGCUGCUCAACGAACUCCUCAUUCGCGACCGCAAAGCCGCUCAACGCCACCUGCGAAUCCGCACCUACGCUGUCCUACCGCUAGGACCGCAGUGCGGCCUUCUCGAGUUUGUGCAGAACACCUGCCCUAUCGGUGAGGUGCUGGUUGACGCACACCACUCGCAUCACACCGAGGGCCAGUGGUCACCGGGAGACGCACGCUCCUGCCUAGCGGCCGUCAUGGGCAAGACACCCUACGAGAAGCUGGAGGCGUAUCGCGCCGUUUGCCGGAAUAUGCCUCCAGCCUUCCGUCACUACUUCAUGGAGCAAUUCAAGAACCCACCUACGUGGCUCGCCGUACGACUCAAUUACACACGUUCCGUGGCCACCACCAGCAUCAUCGGGCAUGUGCUCGGCUUGGGCGAUAGGCACGUCUCGAACAUACUGAUGGAUAAGAAGACGGGUGAGGUCAUCCAUAUCGACUUUGGCGUCGCCUUCGAGCAGGGCCGCCUCCUUCCCAUUCCGGAGCUAGUGCCUUUCCGCCUCACCCGGGAUAUCGUCGAUGGGAUGGGCCUCUCAGGGGUAGAGGGCGUUUUCAGGCGUUGUUGCGAGGAGACGCUGCGCGUGCUGCGCGGGAACAAGGACGUGAUUCAGACGGUGCUGGAAGUGUUCAAGUACGACCCACUCUUUGCGUGGACGAGCAAUCCCGUGAAGAUCCUGCAGGCGCAGGGUGCGGCUGCGACAGGGCCAACGGCAGCCGAGGCGAAGACCAAGGGUGGUAGAGUCUCGACGCCUGGAACUGCGAGUGGCAGUCGGGCUACGAUCUCGCCAGGAGGCGGCGAUGAUAUCGCUGGCAGAGACACGGCGUCAUUGAGCGCUGAGCGGGCAAUCGGAACCGUACUGUCUAAGCUCUCGACGGGACUGUCCGUACAGACAACGGUGACCGAGUUGAUUGGAGCGGCGACGGAUGAAGGAAAUCUGAGCGCCAUCUUCCAUGGCUGGCAGGCGGGAAUGUAGGCGAAAGCGGGGUGUAUGAGGAAAAAGGGGGAGCAGGGUUAGACUUGGUGGUUCAUGUCACUUUCUCCGUCGAUUCCAUGUCUCUUCAUUCAAUACCAACCAAGCACACCAUCUC